AUGUACUACGAGACUUGCACUAAAGAGCAGUGUUGGAUGCUGGAUCGUAUGAUGACCCCAUUUUGGCUUCGACCUAAAUAUUACAUUAAUGAUCCAUUUGAGGCGUAUCACAGUAGACAUGGUAUUAAUUCACCUCGAGUUGGAGAGAAGGGGGAAUUAUUAAGGGAACGAAAGAAAAUAUUACUUGAAGAUACAAUUGCCGAUCAAUAUUUCAGAGAUCGCUGA